CGCCGCUCGGCUCAGUCCGGCUCGGCCGUCGCGGCAUUACGACGCUUGUCACGAACGCGCGCUCAUCGCGAACUCGAGUCGAACGCUCGCUGCACUCGCGCGGCGAAAAUAGUGAGCUCGUGGCCGGAACCCGCGGCCUCCGCGAGUAGUGAGUGAGCGGCGCCAUGCUGCCCGCGCUGCUAGUGCUGGCGCUGGCGGCGCUGGCGCCCGCCGCCGGCCGCCGGCACGCGCCCGACCUGCGCGAGGACGAGCCCGCGCGCCGCACCACCCGCCCCGCCGAAUGCCAGUUCGGGAAAGUAGCCAAAGAGCUGGGGUCGACGUGGUUCGCGGACCUUGGCCCGCCCUUCGGUGUCAUGUACUGCAUCAAAUGUGAGUGUAUACCGGUGCAAAAGAAGCGUCGUGUAGUGGCUAAGGUGCACUGCAGGAACAUAAAGAACGAAUGCCCGGAGCCGUCAUGUGACACUCCCGUGUUGCUUCCAGGACGAUGUUGCAAGACCUGCCCGGGAGAUAACAAUUCUCCUGAUAUCCUACAAGAUGACGGCCCUACUGCUGUAGUCAUUACAAAUACGGACGAAGAAGAGCUGAGUAUGAAACAUUUCGGCGCUCUGCUUACGGGCCGGUCCCCGCUGUGCAUCAGGCGUGACGAUAUGACAGGCGUGCCCGUGGCUCCGGGAGUGGCCACCGCUCGCUUCACGUUCCGUCGACGACACCUCUACUGGUCCGUGAUACUCGGCCCCUCCAUGACCACGCAACCCAGAGCCCUAUCCUUCCUCGACAGAAGCGGAAGACUCUUACUCGAACAUCCCCUGAAGAAAGCGCCUGGAAUACACGCCACUUACGAAGAGAAAACGGACAAGUUGUGUGGUGUCUGGCGCCGAGUGCCUCGCGAGUAUAAACGGAUAUUGAGAGAAGGUGCUCUUUAUGUCGCGUUGAUAUGGGGCGACGAGAGGAACAACUCGAUGGAGAGUGCCCUCAGUGGCAGAAUCAAUAGGUACCCGGCGUUGUCGUCGGAAAUGUUCACAUCCUUGUUGGAGCCUGACAGUCCACCUGAAUCUUUUGGGAUUGGUGCUUGUGAUGACUAUCGAGUACCUGGUCAGGAAGAAGGAUGGUGGGGAGGCACUGCUGUUGUGACUGGUGUCGCUGGCGCCGCACCAAGUUUACACCUAGCACUUAUCUACAAUGGCAUAUUUGCACCCUCUGCUAGAGACCAAUCAGUUAGAGUCUUACUCACUUUGCCGGAUAAGAAUCAAACGAUUAUUGAUGAGAUUCAAAAAGUAGCGAAACCAGGCUACGAGCUCAAUGUUCUGGAAGUGUCAACACCGGUAUCUGCUGCUGAAUUGCGGUCUUUGGCAAGAGGUCGCCUGUUAUUGUCUGUUGAAGCUGUUGGGACAACAGAACGGCGGAUAGAGGGUGUUGUACGACAAAGAGCCGCUUGUGAAGUAUUCCACGCUCCACUGUUAGCUGAGAGAGCACCAGCUUCACCACCUCCUGAAGGGUUGGCCUUACUUUACAUCGACAAGGAUGGAUCCCUUGUAUAUGACAUACAGGUGGAUAACCUUGGUAUACCUGACCCGAAGAUAACAUUAGUCGAAGAGCAAGGCAAACGUCAUUCUCAAGUGGAGAUCCUGGUCACACGAAAGGGCAUGUUGGCAAGACCUAGCGCCCGUAUCUUCCCACCUUUAUAUGAUGAGCAACUGAAUGUCCAUAUUGGUGGUGAUAUUGGCCCUCCGAUUCUUCGCGGUAGAUUGAUGUCACGACCACUGCCCGACGCCGCCGGGGCGGGACCAGCACUGCUUCGUCGAACUGAUGCUCGAGUGCCAGCCACCGCGACUCCUGUUGCCGGUCUAGCCUGGUUGUCCGUUGAUGUACUGUGCGGAUUGCAUUAUGAGGUGGUCGUAACAGGCAUGACAAACGCCUGGUUACCAUGGCUGGAGACUCACGCCGGUGGCGGCUCAGGCUCGCGGCCGCUCUCAGGUGCCGAGGGUUGCGUUUUGGAGCCGACUCCAGGAGAACUAGCAGCCUUGCAUGCUGGUGCGGCCUACCUUGACCUUAGACCGGCUGAUAAUAAUGACACGCAGUUGCUGCGCACGCGGUUACCUCAAAUAAGCGUGCCCCCGGCGUGCCUGCCGGCCGUGCCGUGGACCGACAACGAGCUGAACGCGAACUAUGCGCCGACGCACGUGAACUCACCGCCACCAGACAACUCGCUCUCAAACACCGCUUCUUGUUACUACGCUGGGAGGUUCUACGAAGAUGGCGCGCAGUGGAUGGCUACUGAGUCAUGUCAUAUGUGCGGGUGUUUCCACGGCGUGCUUCGCUGUGACCCUGUGCGGUGUCCCCCAGUCAACUGUGCCGUACCUACCAUCCAGCCGACGGGACAAUGUUGCCCUAUUUGUACCAAUUCCACAACAGCAGUAUGGAACGAAUCCCAUGGCUGCCACCUUGCUGGACAAUACCACGCCCCAGGGUCCUCUUGGCAUCCAUAUUUAGUACCAGGAGGCUAUGACACCUGUGCGGUCUGCACUUGCGAGUUCCCUACGAGGCAAGUCAAGUGCCCGAGAGUUCGAUGUCCACCGUUACGGUGUGCAGAGAGAGAAGCGUAUCGACCGGAUAAGAAAGCUUGCUGCAGAGUUUGUCCAGAGGUAAAGACGAAAAAGGUAGAAGAGGAGACUCCCAAAGACCAGGGGGCGCCUCGGACGGCUGAAGAAAUCCUCGCUGAAGGUGGCUGCAAGUUCCCUGACGGUCCCUUGCCCAAUGGCAAGGAGGUGCAUCCCUCCAUACACUCACACGGUGAACAGAGAUGCGUCACUUGUCGGUGCAAGGAUGGCGAGGUGACAUGCGUGCGCAAGCGCUGCGGGCGAGCUGCGUGUGCGCGGCGGCGGCGCGGCGACGCGUGCUGCGCCUGCACGCGCCACCGCCGACAGCGCGCGCCGCGCCCCGACCCCGCGCGACCCGACCCCGCGCGUCCCGACGCCGGCCGCGUUGACCCCGCGCGUGACCCGCACCCCCCGCGCCAGCCGCACCCGCCCAGCUGAGCGCCAACUCCACUCUCCGACCCCGUCUAUACUGCAAUGCUGAAGGGAGCAGGGGCCCCGCUUUACUCUAAAAAUUAGGAAAGUGCGACUCGAGCUCAGUAUUUAACGAAAUAUUGUUCUUAAGAGUUGGCGAAGCGCGGCCCCUGCUCCGUUUUUCAUUUUGCGUCUACCCCAGACUGCUCGUAGGCUAAGUGAGUGAACGCUUCGCUCUAUAGACUGAUAUAUUUUUAUGUACUCGUGCGAUUCGAAUGUGUCUCUAGGUUUAGUUGGUGAAGAGCGGCGGUCGGCCGCGCGGCGACGGAGUCGAACGAUCGACGAUGUAGCUUUAAGGCUGGCGUGACUUGCGACUUUUAGUCGCUCGAACGAAGUGGCCCACUGAUUCAAAAUUGACCUAAUAAAUUCCCUUGAAAAUCAUAAAAUCGUUCGAUUGAAUAGUCGCAAUCUGCCCCAGCUCUUACUGUGUAUUAUUGAACGGCGUUGAAUAUUUACUUACCCACCGGUAUUUUAAUUGGUAUUAUUGAUGUCCCGAAAUUUUUAUAGGCGCAUUAUAUCAGAUCACCCGAAACUUCCCCCAUUUUAAACUUCUAAUAGUUUUCAUGAAUUCCAACAGAGAUUAAGUUCAGAGAAUACAAAGUUUAAUAAGACGAAGAAUUUUGAGUAUUAGUAUUUAAGAUAUCAGUACUGGAUCCUUUGAGCCUUCUUUCCUAAGUUGUCACGCAGUUGGAUAUCAAGAGAAUAUUCAAGUUUAGAUUUGGGGGUCCAACCGAAUGUCUAGUAUUAGUCUUAAGGCUCGAUCGCUCGGAAGGAGUCACGGAAAGCGAGCGCGGUCGAUAACGUUAAAGAUGUGCCAUAUUUUCUUAACUGUAAAUAUAAAUUAUUACUUUUAACUCUACUUAUGUGCAUAUUUAUUUACGAUUCUAAUGUAUAUGAUACGGGAUCACCGCACGUUAGGUUAUCGCGUCGAACCAUCACAAAAUAUUGUUAUUUGUAUUGGUCGCCUUGUUUGUGCAUUUGCUUUAGAUUUGUAUCUACUUAGUACCACAAGUCCGUGUUCAGUUGGCAAAAUGUAUAUCUGAAACCUACCUACAUUUGAACAAAAAGGUGUCAUGCUAUAAUGUAACUAGUAGGUAAGUAUCGAAGCUACAUUUUGGCGUCUGAACACUUUUCCACCUAAAACAAAAGGUUAAUAAUUCUGCGGCCUGUCAUCAUAGGUAGAUAUAGUAGGUAUAAAAUUAGUAGGUACAUUAGUGUGUGGACAAUACGAUUGUCUUCCAGAAACUGUAAAUAAUUACUAGAAAGUUAACACAUUUUAACAUUGUAUACUAUUUUAUACUGAUUACGGAUUGUACCGAUAUGAAUUAGAUAAGUGUAGUUUACGUGAAUCGUGACUAGUUUUGUUUAAUUACUAGGUUAACGAUUUUAUAGUUACGUAAUUAAGGAAGCUAGUCCAAAUGUUUCGAUGUGAUGGAAAUGAAUGCCAUGUAUCUAGAGAUACUGUCUGUCUGUCUGUUAUAGGAGUUGUAUAAGUUUACGAGUAAAUAAUUUUUCCAACGGCAUGAUUAUUCGCGAUAUUAAGAUCGAUAGAGAUUGCCAAAAAUUUGUUAACUUUGUAAAUGAAAUUCGCGGUUCGUUGUAGGUUCUAGUCCAUCAAAAUUGUGAGGAGUUUAUUGUUAUGAUCAUGUUAUUGGCUACAUUAUUUUUAUGUUUUUUGACAUAAUGAGAAUAUCACUUGAUUAAGCAAGAGUUAUCUUGGUUUUAAUAUUUUUGUAUAAUCUAACAAUAGGAAAGUAGUCACCUAUGGCUUGCGAAUAACAAAACUAAUGGCCAUAAAGGAUACUAGGAACUCGCUUGUAUUGCAUUGUUUUCUAUUUAAUAAUUAUAAUGUUAGUCACUCCCUGUCCGUUAUUCGGUUAAAUGUGAAGGGAAGAAUUUAACUCUUAGCUGAUAUUUUGAAUAUCGUCUUCGGAAUUUGUGAACAUAUCAAUCGUUUGACAUUAUCGUUGAUCAUAUUGCAUACAUUGGAUCUACCUAGGUGCAUCCAGUCAAUAGUUUGUAAACCGUCUACAGUUUUAAUAUGUAAUAAAUUACCUGUGAACUCAA